AUGGACGAGGUCACCUGCGAAGCCCGCUUCAACGUCGGCCGCUUUGCCAUGUUGCCAGGUCCUAGCCACGAAUUUGAAAAAUGGCGGCGCAGUGUGUGUGUGUGUGUGUGUGUGUGUGUGUGUGUGUGUGUCCUCUCUAUAAAUAAAUACUGUUGGGCAUUUCCAUGUGUGUGUGUGUGUGUGUUGUGUGUGUGUGUGUGUUGCACCGCAUGUGAGCGACGCUCCGGCUCUCUCUCGCUGACAACGAACGACUCUUUCUUUCUCUCACUUUCUUUGUCCUCUCUCUCUCUCUCUCUCUCUCUCUCUCUCUCUCUCUCUCUCUCUCUCUCUCUCUCUAUCUCUCUCUCCCUCUCUCUCUUGCGUCUCCGGUUGACUCAUUCAUCUGGGCUCAUGGACGCCCGUGCCCCCAAACGGGCGCACGUGAUUGCGCGGGGCGGUGAGGGUACGACGGGGGGGCAGACUCGGUCGCAAGGGCGCAGCCAGGCUCGCAACGUCAAAGAUGAGGAUAGCCCUGUGCCUGAAGACAGCGCAGAUCGAAGACUUCAGCACCGGCGCAAGGAGGCCCACCGACGCCAGCGCAUCAACCAGGCCUUGGAUGAGCUGCGCGAACUCACCCACUCGGCUCACUCUGAUGAAAAGUCAACCGUCUUGAACCGUACUGUUCAGCUAAUCCGCACUCUGCAAGAAGAGAACCAGCGUCUUCGCGCGGCCUCGACACGACCCUCCGAGGGCGUCAACCCCAACCCUACUACCCCUGCCCAGCCCUUUGAGCGUCCUGCUCUUCAUCACCUCCCGCCAUCCAUUCAGUCCACGGCACCCGCAUCCCAGGGCGUCAACCUGCUGCCCAAUGGGCUGCAACAAAUACACAACGGGAGCCAAGGCCACAGCCAUGGCUCCCCGCGCCUCUUCUCUGGCAACACCACACCGCGCUCCUUUGCCGACCUCGAAUCCACCCUUGACCUUCCUUUUGCCAACUUGCCCCUUCCGUUGCUCGAGGAUCUCGAUCUCUCGGAUCUGAAUCCGGGCGACACCGGUGACGGUGUCUAUCGUCACCGACCCUCCCUCGGUGCUGGAGCGUCGGGCAUCGGAGCGGGUGCCGCCAGCGGCAGUGCAUCUUCUGCCAACGGUGGCCCCGCAUACCAGCGGCCCGAUGCAGAUACCAUUCGGGGAGAGAUUUUGCAGUUUGUCUCCCAGCGCGAGGCCCCUCUCGACCAAUUUGUGCUUCCCUACCCGUUGGGCCUGGCGUAUGUAUCUACCCGUGGCGUCGUGCUGGACUGCAACCGGGCUUUUCUCGAUCUCUACGAGCUGGAGCGCGCAGAGGUGGUUGGCCGCUUUCUUGAUGCCACCAACACCCUUGUGGACCCUGCCACCGGCAUUGGCGAGCUUCGUGCCCUGGUCCAAGGUCAACGCGACGUCGUUGCCAUGGUCCGCCGCCUGCGCCCUCGCCGCUCGCAGGGCAUCAUCUGGGUCAAGGAAACGUACCGCCGCCAUGGUCACGUGCCCCCAAAUUCGUUUGGCCGUCGCCUCAAGUAUGGCUUUGGUACCUUUGAGCGCGUGGAGCCCCCAGAGGGCGGUAUGCCUUUAGUUUUGCCCGAGCAACUGGGCAAUUCCCGCUCUCGGUCGGAUUGA